AUGGUCAGGGUGAUGGGCCAGAAAGCCUUUUGGGGUGACACCCACCUUCCCUUUUUUUCUGCCUCGCCCACCUUUCACAGGUACCCGCUGAGGAGUGCCAGCUACAGCUACUUCCAAGCCAUAAGGUUUGCGGUGGGGGAAGUCAAUAACUCCACCAGCUUCUUGCCAGGAGCUGUGGGCUACGAAAUGAUGGAUAUCUGCUUCCUCACCAACCCCGUCCUGCAUUUCCUCGCUGACAACUACUCAACGAUCCAAAUCAGCAGGAAUUACACUUCGUACCUCCCCAGGGUCGUCGCCGUCAUCGGUCCUGAUUCAUCCCCGGCGGCCAUCACGGCGGCUUAUAUUCUGAGUCACUUUCUUAUCCCGCAGAUCACCUGCAGCGCAGCCCCGGAAGCUCUCAGCAACCCCGGAUUCCCCGUCGCUUUCUGCACCAUCCCGAGUGCUGAACGACAGAUCACGGUUCUGCUGCGGCUGUUGCAUCACUUCGGGUGGAACUCGUUCAUCAUCCUGGCGAGCGACGAUGAGUACGGCCACCGGAACCUCCAGCUGCUGUGGUUCCAGCCCCCCUGCCCCCCUCCCCAAGCCUGCGUCACCCUCAAGGAGACUCUUCUGAUUCAAUGGAGGGUUCCCCCAGCUCAGAGCAGUCCCAUCCAGGAGAGGCUCUGGGGCACGUUGGCCAGGAUCCACAGAAUGACAGCCGCGGUGAUGGUCGUCCUCAGCCUGGAGCUUCCUCUCCUGGCCUUCUUUGAAGAAGAAGCCCUAGGCCAGAAUCUCACGGCAGCUAAAGCCUGGGCCACUGACCUGCCCAUCCACAGCCUCCGUGACCUUUCCAGCCUGGGAAGCGUAUUUGAGGUGGCUGUGUAGGAUGUCCCUGUCCCAUGGUUGGAUGGCUUCCUAGUCAGGGAGUCCUCAGGGGCGAGCGUGGACCCCCAAAGGCCGGUCCCUGGCAGCGCAAGCAACUAGGAGUGCCAGGAAUGUCUCCCCACCCUCCGGCUCAAUGAUAAGAGCCUUCGGUAAAUGGGGAACCACAUGGAUUUCAACGUGUACUCGGUCUACGUUGUCACUCACGCCUUGCAUCACCUGCUGAGUUGCACCCACAUCUGGUGCCAAAAGAAGGCUGUUUAUCCCUAGCAGCAUCCCUGAAAAAAAGAACAGCAGCUGGAACGUUUUGGAUAAUUACAAUAAUACUUUAUCAAGACACUUUUUCAGGUAUUUUUCUCUCUCUCUCUUGUUUGCCAGAAUUAUAUUUAAGCCUUUAUUGAUAGGAUUUAAAUACAGAAGCAUUUUAAAUGAAAGCCACAGAAGCAUCGCUUCCCUGCAAACACGCUUCUUGUGAGAUAGAUUAGCAGAUGCUAUCCAGAAAUAAUUUUUCCGCCGGCCACUUGGGUGAACAAACAGAUCCAGCUACGUGGAAUAAAAUA